GUAUAUUUCUAAGUGAGACGUCAAUCCAGACUGAGUGUGAGAGUCCUUCCUGCCCUACCCUCCCCCUGGCUGGUGCAUCGACUGUCACUUGACAGUUGUUCAUUAACGCAUGGAGGACAGGUAGACCAGCCCGUACCAAGGUGGAGGAUUAUUGUUCUCAGGCUUGCACCAGAGGAACAGCUGGAGUGGAAACUGCUUUUCUUGUCUUAAAUCCACAUUUUUUGCAUUUACUAAAAGUGGCUUUAAGGUCAAUAUCUAAACAAAAGUUUAUUUUGUUUUAUGUGGAUGCUGGACGGUGACUCAACAGACAGCGUGACUUCUGCUUAGUCACUGAAGAGUCUUGUUCACUUCUGUCUUUUGGACUUACGUCUUCAGUGGAGAGGAUCUGUUCAGGUGGACAAAUGUAAAGACUUGUCUUCAGCCUGGUGUUUAUCUGAAAAGAGCUAUUUAUUUUUGACAUGUAGAGAUUAAAUUCUGAGAGGAAGAGGAAAAUCUUAAGGAUAAAGAUGUGCAGCUCACACAGUUUACCUUAUCUGGGGGUGCUGAUAAUGGCAGUGGUCGCCAACAAGAUGCUGGAUGAGUGUUUGUCAUCAAACCGUAAAUACACCAUGAAUGUUGUACUGCUGGAGGACAGCACAUAUGAGUGGAGUCGACCAUUUGUGGAGGCAGCUGUGAGACGAGCUAUUGAAGAGGACAGGGAGGAGAACAUUAAACAUGAUUUAAACUUCACUUUGACGGCUAACUACAACGGAUUCAACACCACCGUGUACAACCGCCAGGGCUGUGGGAGCAGUACCUGUGAGGGAGUGGCAAUACUCAAGGCGCUGCAUAAUAAUGGUGAAGUCGGAUGUGUCAUGCUGGGGCCUUCCUGCACUUUUGCCACAUUCCAGUUAGUGGAUGAUGAAAUUGGCCUGAGCCUGAGCAUUCCCAUCAUCUCUGCUGGGAGCUUUGGUGUCUCAUGUGACUACAAGCCCAAACUGACCCGAAUUCUGCCUCCAGCGCGCAAGAUCUCAGAUUUACUCAUCCACUUUGUGAAGGAAGAACUGCCAUUUAAGAAUAAAUGGGAGCGGGUCUAUGUUUACAAGAAGACAAGCAACCAAACCGAGGACUGCUUCUGGUACAUCAAUGCAUUGGAAGCACCUUCUGCCAGCUUUGCCUCAAAGAUAAACAGAAAGAUGCUGCGUGAGGAGGACGAUCUGAAGGAUGCCCUCACCUCUCCAGAAAGAUACAGCAACGUCUUCAUUUUAUGUGGGAGCCGUGAUCAUGUAGUUUCAAUCAAAGAGAGGGUUGGCCAGAUACACGAGGACAUCAUAUUCAUUCUCCUUGAUAUUUACAACCCUGGUUAUUAUGCCAACACUACCUCCAGUAAGGCUAUGCAGGAUGUCCUGGUGAUCACUCUGCCACAGAGGAACUAUGACUAUGGAUCAAACUCAUCAUACAACGACACUAUAAAUGACUAUGUGGCUGGGUAUCAUGAUGGCGCUCUGUUGUUUGGCAAAGUGCUCAGAGAGAGGAUGCUCAGCAAGCUACGCAACAGGGGACUGAAUGAUGUGCCUCUGAGUGACAACCCGUUUGGAAACCAAUCUUUUGACGGUAUGGGAGGACACUAUGAACUUGAUGAAUAUGGUGACAGAGAUGUCAACUUCUCUGUGAUUUAUACAUCAAAAAGCACUUUCGAGUACAAAACCCUGUUAGUGUUUGAUACAUCGAAGAAUGAAACCCGAGUGAUAGACGCACACCCUGACCUGUCUUGGAAAGAUCAUUGUCUGCCUUCUGACAAACCAGAAAACCCAAAUGACUUCGAUACCCAGGAUGUGAUUGUGAUCGUUCUGAGCCUCAGUGUUGUCGUGGUGACAGCCAUUGCUCUCAUCUUCUACAGGCAGAACAGGAAAGAGCGUCUUAUACAGAAGAAGUGGUCUCACAUUGAUCCUCACCUCAUUGGUCCACUGGACGAGAGGGAGGUCUCACUGAAGAUUGAUGACGAUAAGAGGAAGGACAGCACAUACUUCUCUCAUCGCGGGCGCUACGACAAGAAGCCUGUUAUCCUGAAAGAGCUGAAAAACUCAGAUGGAGACUUCACAGAGGAUCAGAGGAUUGAGCUAAACACUCUGCUGCGGAUCGACUAUUACAACCUGACCAAGUUCUACGGCACGGUGAAGUUUGAGUACGGUGUGUUUGGGGUGUUUGAGCUGUGUCAGAGGGGCUCCCUCAGGUACAUUCUGAAUGACAGGAUCUCAUAUCCAGAUGAAACCUUCAUGGACAUGGAGUUUAAGAUAUCAGUCAUGUAUGACAUAGCAAAGGGCAUGUCGUAUCUCCACUCCAGUAAUAUUGAAGUCCAUGGUCGCCUCAAGUCCACCAACUGUGUUGUUGACAACCGCAUGGUGGUCAAGAUCACCGACUUUGGCUGCCACACCAUCCUGAAGCCAGGCAAAGGUGAGAUUGAGUUCUUCAUCAUCAUUGAGGUUGAGUAUCGAUCACUGGGAGCACCAGCAGCUCAGCCUCUCCUCUCCUCUCAGAUGUGUGGACAGGCCCCGGAGCAUCUUCGUGAAAAUGGGGUGUCUCAAAAAGGCGAUGUCUACAGCUAUGCCAUCAUCGCCCAUGAGAUCCUUAUGAGGCGAGCCCCUUUCUAUACACAGCACUGCUGUAAUAUUGCAGAGAAGAUCCACAGAGUGCAGUAUCCCACAGGCAUGGCUGUGUUUAGACCUGACCUCAAUUUUGAGAGUGCAUCAGGGAGGGAGAUCGAGCUUUAUAUACUGAUAAAGAACUGCUGGGAUGAAGACCCAGAACGGAGGCCAGAUUUUAAAAAAAUAGAGUUAAAUCUGGGUAAGAUCUUCAGUAACCUACACAACCAGGCCACUGAGACGUACAUGGACAACCUGAUCCGUCGCCUACAGAAUUACUCGAGGACUCUGGAGCGUCUGGUGGAGGAGAGGACCUCUUUGUACAAAGCUGAGAGGGACAGAGCUGAUCGGCUAAACUUCAUGCUACUUCCUGGCCCAGUGGUGCGCUCACUGAAGGAGACAGGCAGAGUGGAGCCAGAGCUGUUUGAGGAAGUGACCAUUUAUUUCAGCGACAUUGUGGGAUUCACCACCCUCUGCCACUACAGCACCCCCAUGGAGGUGGUCGACAUGCUCAAUGACAUCUACAAGAACUUUGACAGCAUCCUUGACCACCAUGAUGUCUAUAAGGUUGAAACAAUAGGAGAUGCGUACAUGGUUGCAUCAGGUUUGCCCAAACGUAAUGGUAACAGGCACGCAGUGGACAUCGCCCACAUGGCCCUGGACAUCCUGGCAUUUGUGGGGACUUUUGAGUUGCAGCACCUGCCUGGCAUCCCUCUGUGGAUCCGUAUUGGUGUGCACUCAGGACCCUGUGCAGCAGGAGUGGUGGGGAACAAGAUGCCUCGCUACUGUCUUUUCGGAGAUACAGUCAACACUGCCUCACGCAUGGAGUCCACAGGCCUGCCUCUGAGAAUUCACGUCAGCCAGUCCACCAUCAACAUCCUGCAGAGGACAGAAUGCAAGUUUGAAUAUGAGAAGAGAGGAGAGACGUACCUGAAAGGUAAAGGCAAAGAGAUGACAUACUGGUUAACAGGGGUUACUGGGGGAAAAUACAACCUGCCGACACCACCAACAGCGGAGAACUUCCAGCGGCUCCAGCAGGACCUGGCAGAGAUGAUCGUGUCCAGUCUGGAGAAGCGUGGACAUGGGACAGAGGGCUUCGAAAAGAGGAAGACCCUGUCCACCAAAGUCCGACGGAGGGAGACCAACGUCAGCCUGCAGAGCGACAGCCUGCCAGAGUACUUCCACCUGGCUGUCACCGACAACCCCAGUACCUACUUGUGAUUACAAAGGAACUUUCAGUACAAUAUAGGCCAAGAAGUACACGUUGUAGGAGAGUGUCAUAUAACCUGUACCUGUCUGAAUCAGCACUGUGGGUUUCUUUGGACAGCUCUGUUUAUACAGGAGUUGGAGUGACUUGGGAGCAGCAGUAGAACAAGCAGACAUGUUAAAGAUGAUAAACAUGUCUGCCGAAGGGUUCAGUUCUCUUUAUUUUUCCCGACAUCCAUUUUUCACACUUUUCACUGCUCCAUCCCGCGCUCCCCAUGUAGAAACACCAUCUCUCUGUUUCCUAAAAUGAGCUGUUUCUUAACUAAUUUUGAUCUCAUUUUUCAUCAUUUCAGAUAUGUUAUGUAUCAUUUGAUGUGGCAGAAGAAGUGCUAGAAUUAGGCCCUCCUCCUUUAUUGUGUCACACUGACACAUUUUCACACAUACUUUACAUCAUUACAUUUGACCUGUUAUUCAGGACCAAACAGUGAAACUGACAUAAAGAGUAUCAGGUGCAUAGCACCAUAUUUUUUUAAGUGUGUAGUAUAGGGCAUCAUUUUCUAAUGAGGCUCACUUUGUUAAGUUUAUUAGUGACAGUCAGUGUGUUAUUACCACUUGGAGGCGCCAAAAUCAAUUUCCCAAUUCCCCCCAAAAAUGAUGGUUAUAAAUUUAACCAGGCACUGCUUUGAGAGGAUUUCUUUUUAAAUGGCAUAGGUUUAAAUGUCACAAGCCUCUUUUAAAUUGGUAACAUACAUAAGAUGAUAACCCAUGCAAAGUUAUUAUCAUGACUGCAUGGAUUUUAAUGUGAGAGAUCUCCUUUGACAGCUGUUAACAAAUCACAUGGUCAGUUCUCUUUCAAAAAGGAAUCAGAAUAUAGAGGGAAAUAUUAAAUGUACUUUUUUUGACUUUACUUGUUCAGAUGUUGCCUGCUGGAAGCUCACUGAUUGAGAAAGUUUGACAAAAUUAUUUACCAUGUAAAUAGCCUUUUCUGCUGCAAAGACAGUGAAACUAUAUUCAAAUGAUACCUGUCAAGAAUAUUUCUCUUUCACGCCACAACAAUGCUACCUUGUUUUCAGAACAUCAGAAAUAUGUCUGUGAUUAUUUUUGUUUUGUGUUUUAUUAAAUGAUGUUUGAAAUAUGGCACAAAAUUCAGAGCAGUUUCUUUGUUUUGUCUCUUAUGACAAAACAGUAAGUAAGUAUGACACAGUAAAAUACAUUUAACUAUACACACAUGGUAUUAUUGGACACCAAUGUACAUCAUAACAGCUGUAUUUUUUUAAGAG